UGGCGUUUUAAACGUCACGCCCCGUGUGGUAGGCUGACGUCGCCCCCCCCCGCCCCGUGCGGUAUGAAACGUCACGCGCCCCGUGUGGUACGAUGACGCCACGCCCCGUGUAGUGGAUGACGUCACGCUGUAAUCACGGUCGCCUCCCCGCUUCGCCCUUUACCGGGGGCUCUCUGCUCUGAUCCUCCACCUCAUCGCUCCUCCUCGUCGUCGUCUUCUCUCCCCCACUCCCCUCUCCUCUUCGUCGCCUCUCGCGGUCUCCUCCUCCCCCCACGCCCCCCGCGUGUAGCGACGGCGAUGACCGCGAGUCGGGUGGACGAAGACGGCGGGGAGGAGGCGGCGGCGGCAGCGGGGAAGGAGCGCGCGUAGGAGACGACAGGAUCACGAGGAGGACCGAGGCUCCGGCAGGCGACCAUCCCCGGCCCUCGCCCCCCCCCCCCCCCCGCUGCUCCCCCACCGGCACCGCCCCAGCUGCUCUCCCGAGCCGAGCGCCGGCAGCGAUGGACGAGCGGCGGACGGCGUGAGCCAAGGUGGCCAUGACGAGCCCGGCGCGAGCGGCCCCCGUGCUGGGGGGCGGCGCCGGCGAGCGGCCGGUGAAGCCGGUGCUGCAGGUGCAGCGCUCGGCGUCGCGCCAGUCGCUCGCCAUCCACUUCUCGGCCUCCGCCAUCACCGAGGAGGACGAGGACUGCGACGCCGGCGCCACCACGCUGCUGCUGCGCCGCGACGAUGGCGCCGCCGCCGCCGCCGCCAACAAAGCGGAACCGGGGAUCCGGCCGUCGGUCUCCAGCCCCGCCGUGAGCUCGCUGCAGCCGCCGGCGCCGACCCCGCCGGCGCUGUUCGCGCUGGACGGCGCGCGGCCGCCGGUGAGCACCGUGCGGGGGGCGCCGGCGGGGGAGCCGCCCGUCGCGAGCCGCGCGUCGCCCUCGCACGCCCUCGCCGUCGCCCGGCCGCUCGUGAGCCUCGUGAAGUCGCUGGGCGCCGAGGCGGAGGCGCCGGCGUCGACGGCGGCGCCGGGCGCCUGCACCACCCCCUCCUCCUCGUCGUCGCUGAAGCCAAAGAAGCUCAUCAACCUCGUCAAGUCGCUGUCAUCCGACGUGCAGGACGGAGGCGACCGCUGCGCCCCGGCGACGGCGCCGGCGCCGGCCCCGCGCGCCCCCGCGUCCGGCGGCGACUCGUCGCGCAUCAACCUGCAGCUGUGGCGCCAGCUGACGCAGCCGCGCUUGACCGUGUCGUCGGCGCUGGGCUCGUCGCUCGCCAACGGCGCCGGCGGCGACUCGAAGACGGCGCCGUCGUCGCCGCUGCCGUCGCCGUCGGACGGGCGCGCGUCGUUCUUCCGCGUGCCCGAGGUGGAGUCGCGCAUCGAGGACACGCGGCGCCGAUUCUCGGAGGUCAUCCACGACCCCAUGCUGCUGCUCAGCAAGAUCAUGGCCGGCGAGGAGACCGGCACGGGCGGCGCCGGCGCCGGCGGCGGCGCGGCGGCGGCGUCUUCUUCGUCGCGCCGGCACAACGCCGAGCCGGGGGCCACCGAGCUCGCCGUGAUGUACAGCAGCCCCGGCGCGGACGGCACGGCCGUCGCCACCGGUGACGCGGCGCGGUGCGACGUGGACGACGCCGCCGCCGCUUCCUCCUCCUCGCCGGCAUCGGCGGGCGCCGCGACCUCCGGGGGCGACUGCGCCCGCCCGGCCCGCGGGGCCCGUCCCGGCGCCGACGGCGAGGCCGCGCGGCGCCGGCGGGCCCGGCCCGGCGAGGCGUCGCCCGGCAACGCCCCCCGGGCCCCCGCGACCUCCAACGCGGAGGACGAGGCGCCGGCAGCGCCAGCAGCGCCGGCGGUGGCGGUGGAAGCCGGCGCCGCCCGCGACCGCUUCCCGCUCGGAUUCCCCGAGAAGCUGUCGCUGUCGGAGCUCGCGAGCCGCCACGACGACGACGACGACGACGAGGACUUCGCCGUGGACGCCGAUCCCUCGGCGUCGUCCGACGCCGCCGACCCGCCCGCCGGCGCCGGCGACCUUGACGCCCGACGCGGCAAGGACUCCCCCGAGUCGGAGCUGGCCGACCGCGACUUGGACGACGAGGAAGAGGAGGGCGGCGCCGGCGCCGGAGACACGGGGCGGGCGCCGGCGCUGCCGCGCCCGCCGGCGUGGCGGCUGGCCGCGCUGGCGCUACUGGUGUACGCGUACCAAGUGCUGCCGCUGCCGCAGUACGCUUGCGGGCUGGCGCUGGGGCUGGCGCUCGGCUUCGCGAUCGCCGUGGCGCUGGUGUGGUUGACGGCGUCGCCGCGGCGCUGCUACCGGCGCCGGCCCCUGGCGCUGGAGGGGCGCGAGCGAGCCGGGGCCAAGCUCGACGUCCGAGAGCCUGAGAUAUACCGGGGCUGGAUGAACGAGCUGAGCGGCUACGACGCCGAGACGUACCACGCGGCGCUCACGCGCUCCGUGUUCGUGCGCCUCGAGGGCUCUACGCUGCGCCUGUCGAGGCCGCUGCGCAACCUCCCGCGGCGCGCCCUCUACGGGGAGGCGCGCAAGGAGGCGCACUUCAUCGCGCAGAGCCACUACGACCUCACGGACAGCCAGGUGUUCCUCGUACCCCCCGGCCUCGCCAACAAGCGGCUGUGGAACCAGAAGUACCCGAUCUGCGUCGUGCUGGCAUCGCGCGCCCGCGACCCCGACGACCGCCCCCCCGCCGUGCCCCCUGACCUCUCCUCCCAAAAUGCCGAGCAGCAGCAAGGCGGCGCGUCGGCGGGGGGCGCCGCGGUCGCGGCGGCGGCGGCGGCGGCGGUGGAGGGGGGCGAAGAGGAGGAGGCGGCGGAGGGGGGCGGCGGUGGCGGUGCGGUGGGUACGGAGGUUGCCGUGGAGACGGAGGCGAGGCCGGAGAAGGUGCUCUACCUGUUUGGGCGAACGGGCCGCGACAAGGAGGAGUGGUUCCGCCGGUUUCUCCGAGCGUCUGCGCUCAAGAGGGCGGGAGGAGGAGGCAAGGCCCUGACAGGUCUGUUGGCGGGACACAGCCGAAGCGACGGCCAGUUCGGUCGACUGUCGCACAGCCGCAACAACAGCCUGGGCAGCGGCAGCGACGCCAAGGGGCGGCCGCUCGCCGCCGUCGCCGUCGGCGACGACCCUUGCCCCCCGCCGCGAGAGGCCGGCGGGCCCGGGCGGCGCUGGGCGCUGGACUACGUGGCCUACCUGGCGCCCUUCCUCCCCGAGAACGCGGAGGGCACGGGGCCCGCGGGGACGGUGGCACGGAGCCCGGCCCGCAGCGCCGACAGCAGCCCCACGCACGCACGCACGGGCGGCCCCGGGGACGACGAGGAGGGCGGCCCGCAGUUGGCGUGGCUGAACGCCGUGGUGGGCCGCGUCCUCUGGGACUUCCUGCAGGAGAAGCACUGGGCCGACUGGGUCUCGGGCAAGAUCCAGAAGAAGCUCAGCAAGAUCAAGCUGCCGUAUUUCAUGAACGAGCUGCGUCUCACCGAGCUGGACAUGGGCUCCUCCGUGCCGCGCAUCCUACGCACCACCAAGCUCUCCGUCGACCACCAGGGUCUGUGGGUGGACCUGGACGUGUCCUACUCCGGCUCUUUCACCAUGACGCUGGAGACCAAGAUGAACCUCACCCGCCUGGGCAAGGCAGUGGAGGCCGCCAGCGACGAGGGCCUGCGGCUCAAGGCGUGCUCGCUGGCCGAUAGCGACGAGGAGUCGUCCAGCGCCGGCUCCUCGGAGGAGGACGAUGAACCGGCGCCACUCGCCGCCGACCUGCCCGGCCCGCUCGGAGACAAGAGCCAGACACCCAGCGCCGAGGGCUUCGUGGGCGGCGGCGGCGGCCGCACGAGCAGCAAGAUCCUGCGGCUGGUGGACAAGAUCACCAAGUCGCGCUACUUCCAGCGCGCCACGGAGAACGAGUUCAUCAAGAAGAAGAUGGAGGAGGUGUCCAACACGCCGCUCAUGCUCACCGUGUCGCUGCAGGAGUGCCAGGGCGUGCUGGCGCUCAACAUCCCUCCGCCACCCACCGACAGAAUCUGGUACGGGUUCCGCUCUCCGCCGCGGCUGGAGCUGAAGGCGAGGCCCAAGCUGGGGGAGCGUACGGUGACCUUCACCCACGUCACCGAGUGGAUUGAGAGCAAGCUGGAGCAGGAGUUCCAGAAGAUCCUGGUGAUGCCCAACAUGGACGACCUAUACAUCCCCGUGAUGCAGUCCGCCCCCGACACCCGUGCCAUCGCGCCCCAGUUCCGGGCCUCGCGGGCCCCGGCAGCGGACCCUGCCGACACCACCUAGCCCCCCACGCCCCCCCCCCCCCCACCACGUCCCCACCACGCUCCCCCCACCACGCCCCCCCGUCUCCUCGGCGUCUCGUCUCAGCCGCCACCGCUACAUUCCUCGGUCGCCCGGCCUUGCGCUGAGACCCCUCUCCCCCACCCCUGGGGCGGAGGGUUGGGGGGGGGGGCCGCCCCGGGGUCUGGAGGCC